UUUGCGAAACCGAAGCGCCGUGGAAGGAUGAAGCCUCGGCAGACGCGGCAGAAGUCCUCGAUGGAGAACAGCAACUCUGCGACGCCUCAGGCAACCGAGUAUGCGACGAUGCAGGAGUCUUCUCGACCUGCUGUCGUGGCAUCCUCGGCGCCGCAGAAUGCGCCGCCUGGUCGCGGCAAGAGCGCCCGCCUGGGGUGUCUUCAGUUCAUCGACUCGCGGCAAUGGCAUUACUUCUUCAUGCUGCUGCUGUUCCUGGACUUUUUCGGCAACUGCAUCGCAGUGAGCUUUACGUCCUCGGAGAACUUCUACAAGUACGGUCCGAAGACUCGCGUGGCGUCCAUCGGGUUCGGCGGCGUGUACGUGGUCGACAUGUUCCUUCGCCUCGUGUCCCUUCGCACGGGGCUAUUCCGCAACGCCGCCAGCGUCGGGGACUUGCUCGCAUUGGUGCUCCUCCUCGUCGCCUUGGCUGGACGCAUUUGGAAAGCCGACGACCUGACUAAUGUCAAGAUUACGAUGGGCGGGUGGACCAACAACUACAUGAUCGCCCACGAGUACAAUUCGAACCAGAUCGAGAUGUACAUCGACGCUGUCUACUGCUUCUUCGUCGCCAUCCGCAUCGUGCUCAAGCCCCGCGCCCGCACUUUCUCCAAGAAGCUUCACAAGUACGCCAACCACGAUCAUCUGCGCAUCUCCAUGGCGAGUCUGCGCACGUCCAUCCGCCGCAUCCCCGGCAUCACCGCGGCGGCGGUAGACAUGAUGGAGACGGAUCUGGCCAUCAUCUGCGGCCGCAACCAAGGCGAUAUGACUCGGGAAGAACUGAUGCAAUUCCUGCAGAAAGCGCUUCUGUACCGCCCCAAAGACCUCAGCGCCAAUGCUUUCCUCGCGCAUCUGCGAGAUAUUGACGCCAUGGCCUCGUAUGCUGUCUAUGGAGCUUAUGAUGUGGUCAAGUCGACGUUUCGCCAUUGGUCGAAUCAACGCCUGGACCUAACCCUCACGACGUUCGUGGUGAUUGUGUUUGCGUGCAUCACGCCCUUGUUGGCGUUUUUCCUCAAAAUUGUCACCGAUCAGGCUUUCCCCAAGUACGUGUACUCGGUCGAAAACUUGGAAAUGCAACCGGAUUUUACGAUCAAAUUGGUGGGUAUUUACGUGCGUCCGACGUACAAGAAUGAAACUGCAAACGAAAACAAUACGCUGGUGACUCUGCCGUUUGUGCCGGAAAACUCGCUCCUGCUCGGCAUUGCGGGUCUCAUUGGGAUCUCAAUUCCGUUCAUUUUGUGCGAUUAUGCCAUGGGGUACUUUCAAUCCAAGAUGAUUGCAAACGCCACUCAACGGCUGCAAAAAAAUUUGCUGCGCAUUUUACUGCACAAACCGACCAAGUUCUUUCAAGAACGCACGGACGGCGACUUGAACAAUCUGUUUCAGUCGGAUAUUUCCCGCGUGAACGCCAUGUGGCAAGCUGUGUUUUGGAACCUGAUGCAACCAAUUGUAUCGAUCGUGAUUGGGUUUGGGUACUUGAUGUACUUUGAGCCAAUCAUUGGCAUCAUGUCAUUUUCAUUCUCGGCAAUUAUCGCGACGUCGGGGCCCCAGGGUCUGGCUGGAGACAAAUCGCAGGACUUUGGCAAGAAGAGCGCGUACGUGUCGGCGGAAUUCCAGAACGCUAUUGCGUGUCAAAAGGUCGUUCGCGCAUACGAGAUCCAGACGCCGCUGCUGGCAAAGUUCGGUGCAUCAAUUCGGACGUUAAAGUUUGCUCAAUUCGCCAAAGACUUUUGGAGUGGAAUUGUCCAAAUUUACAUUGAAAGCGCCAUGUUUAUCUUUGUAUCAGUCAUGACAGCUUGUUUGGCUAUCAAGGUGUACUUUGGCAACAUCACGGCGGGGGAUUUUUUUGCCAGUGUGACGAUGCUCAGUCGCAUAUCGACGCCUGUGACAGUUUUGGGUGGGUUUAUGCGCGUAGCCAUCGGCAACGCCAGCAGUUUACAACGCCUUGACGCUAUUGUCAUGCAAACCAACGACGACGAGUUCCACGACCAAGCGAAAAAAGACUUGGAGAAACCCACACUUCCUCGCAUGUCCAAGUCGUUAACGCUGUCGCACGUGUCGUUUUCGUAUGCGACAAGUGGCGACAAGCUCAACCUGAACGAUAUCACAGCCGUGAUCAAGCAGGGCGAAUAUGUGUGUGUGGUGGGGCCCAGUGGGUGUGGCAAAAGCACGCUAUUGAGCUGUCUGAUGCAAUUUCAAACGAUUUCGUCGGGGGCGAUCUGUGUGGACGGCCUCGAUACACAGCAGUACUCCAAGGCCAGUUUGGCCGAUCAGACUGCCGUGGUAUUUCAAGAUGGAGGCAUCCUCAACGGCACCAUCUUGGAAAAUAUCCAAUACGGACACCCCCGCGCGACCGAGCAAGAGUGCAUGGAAGCGUCGAAAGCGGCCGAGUGCGAUGGAUUUAUCCGACUGCUAAAGGACGGAUACCAGACGAUCAUUGGUCAGCACGGCACGGCCAACUUGAGUGGCGGCCAAGUCCAGCGUAUUUGCCUCGCCAGAGCGUUGGUCCGUAAACCGAGUUUGCUGCUGCUGGACGAAGCUACGAGUGCGCUGGACCCAGAGACCGAAGCCAACAUCGUCGCGACGCUUGAACGCCUCGCGCGGAAAAUGCACGUGACGGUGAUCUCUGUGACGCAUCGGUUGUCCACGACACGCAAUGCCGACACGAUCAUCGUGUUGGAUGACGGCAAGAUUGUCGAAACUGGCACGUACAAACACCUGAUGAAUCGACCGGGAUCUGCGUUUGCCGAGAUGGUGCACAAGACAGGGGAUACUCCCGUAGACCACCGGGACACCAGUCGCAACAGUUCGUUUGUGGGGUUUGUAGUCGAAGACUUGGGCAAUGUACUCGACACCCACGAGGCCCUGCACGAGUUCCAGCGCAAGCUCAGCAACCGAUCGGUAUAUAUAUAUAUAUUUAAAUAAUAUUAUUAUUGCCCGAAUAGGGAGAAAAUGGGGCGAUCUUGAGUGCGUGGCAGGUGCGCAAAUUGAGCUCAGACCGCCGCCAUUUGUCUCGAGGCGCGAGUCAGAGCGGCAGUGGGCUGGCCAAUCUGUCGGCGGCGCGCGACAGCCACGACGAACGCGAUAGCUACUUGGUUUUAUAAGUCGAUAUAUAUAUAUAAUAUACAUGUUUGUAUACUCGGGUG